GGGCACCGUGGGCUCCGGAACGUGAGGAGCAUUUCCCGCCUCAGCAGCAGCCGCAGCCAGGCUGCCCCAGACUCUCCCUCCACGGGUUUGGUUCAGUCGAAAAAACAAAAAGAAUUCGAAACAAUAUGCGUUUUAAGAAAGCAAGCGGUCGCGUGGAGCUGGCGGAGGGCACCAGAAACCCCGCUUUUCGGGACGCGGACGGCGACGAACCGGCGGCGGAGCACUCCGCCGGGAGGGAGGACCACUCCGCCCGGACGGAGGACCCCUCCGCCGGGAGGGAGGACGGCGUCGCCGCCGUGGUGGAGCCGGAGGCGGCGGUGGCGGUGGUGGGGGACGAGUACUCGCAGGUGAGGCCGUACGCGGGGAUGCCCAAAGAGGUGCUGCUGCGGUACUCCUCCCAGGCCCGGUACCGGGUGCCCAGGGAGAUCCUGUUCUGGCUGACGGUGUGCUGCACCCUGGCGCUGGUGGCCGUCACCGUCACGGUCGUCGCCGUGUCCCCGAGGUGCCUGAGCUGGUGGCAGGCGUCCCCCGUGUACCAGGUCUACCCCCGCUCCUUCAAGGACUCCGACGGGGACGGGAUCGGGGACCUCAAAGGAAUCGUAGAGAAGCUGGAUCACUUCCUGUACCUGAACAUCAAGUCGGUGUGGAUCAGUCCCUUCUACCGGUCUCCCAUGAGGGACUUCGGCUACGAUGUAGAGGAUUUCCGAGACAUCGACCCCAUCUUCGGAACCAUGGCGGACUUUGAAAAUCUGCUGGCUGAAAUGCACCAGAGGGGUUUGAAGCUGAUCAUGGACUUCAUUCCCAACCACACCAGCGACCGCCACCGCUGGUUCAACCUGAGCCGGACUAGAGACCCUCACUACGAGGACUACUACGUGUGGGCCGACUGCAACUCAACCUCACCGAAGCCCAAUAACUGGGUCCGUACCGUCAGUGUGUUUGGAAACUCGUCAUGGACCUAUGAUGAAGUGAGAGGACAAUGCUACCUGCACCAGUUCCUCAAGGAGCAGCCCGACCUGAACUUCAGGAACCCAGAUGUCCGCCAGGAGAUCAUCGAUCUUAUUCGUUUCUGGCUGGACAAGGGAGUGGAUGGCUUCCGGAUGGAUGCGGUGAAGCACAUACUGGAAGCUGAACACCUCAGGGACGAACCACAAGUGUAUCCAGAUAGACCGCCGGAGUCUGUAACCACGGAGUGGGACCUCCACCACGACUACACCUACACCCAGCUGGGGCUGCACGACCUGCUGAGGGAGUUCAGGGCAGAGAUGGACGCCUACAGCCGGGAGCCUGGCCGCUACAGGUACCGGGGGCCGCGCGGACGUGUCGCCAUGUGGCCGGCGGGCGUCCCAAACGGGCGGAAGCUCGGCGUUCGAAACAUUAUGGUGUGUGUGUGGCUCGGCAGGUUCAUGGUGACGGAGUCGUACGACUACCACGAGGUGGAGAAGACCAUGAUGUACUACGGAACCCGGCUGAUCAAAGAGAGCGAUUUCCCCUUCAACUUCUACCUGCUGGAUCUGCCUCACAACAAAAGCGGGGCGUGGGCCAAACAUCUGGUCGACCUCUGGAUGGCCAACAUGCCGUUGGGGAAGUGGCCCAACUGGGUGGUUGGGAACCAUGACAGGUCUAGAAUUGCCUCCAGCGCGGGUCCGACCUACGUGCGCGCCAUCAACAUGAUGCUGCUGACCCUGCCUGGCACGCCCACCACCUAUUACGGCGAAGAGAUCGGCAUGGAGAACAUCAAUGUCACGGAGAGCCAGAUCCAGGACCCGGCUGGCAAAUACAACGCGAGCGCCAGUCGGGACCCCGAGCGUUCGCCCAUGCAGUGGAACGAUGACAUGAACGCCGGCUUCAACAACAAGACAAACGUCACCUGGUUACCCGUGCACCCAGACUACGAGAGCGUCAAUGUGGAGGUCCAGAAGGCGGACGGAGGCUCGGUGCUGAGUCAGUACCGCUCCCUGAGCAGCCUGCGUCAGACGGCCCUGCCCUUUCUGCGGGGAUGGUUCUGCUACGUCCACGCCGACGCCAACGUCUUCUCCUACGUCCGGGAGCUGGACGGACACAGAGCGGCGUACCUCAUCCUGCUGAACUUCGGCACGCAGUCCGCCGCCACGGACCUCUCCUCAGUUCAGGAGCUGCCCGACCAGCUGGAGGUGGUGGCGGCCACAAACCCGGUCAGGGACGGGAACACCGUUCAGAAGUCCAGCAUCUUGACGGAGGCCGGAGAGGGUUUGGUGAUGCAGUAUUCCACCUACACCCGCUUCCAUCCGAAGCACCCGGCAGAGUGCUUCGUCUCUGAGAAGGCCUGCUUGUUGGAGACCAUUGGUAUACUUUAUAAAUGCUGAUUUAUUCCAUUUUGUGGUUAAAAAAUUAAAUCACUGAGAUUGCAC